AACUGAGAAAGAGAACUUUGAGGGCCAAAUUUAUGAAAACAAACAAGUAGAAGAGCCAAAAUGGCAAAAUGAGAGCGAUCCUUAUUUAGGCGGCGCCAGGAUAUACGCAGGGACAUUGCGGUAGGCGUUCUAAUUUAGUUACAGUCUCGUAACUCUUGUAGUAUAUCUAUUGCAGACAAGGCAUUGAAGGAAGCUGCGGAGCCGAGAAAGAGCCUGACUGCAAAGUGUUAAGAAGCAUGCAAAAGGAGGGGACACGCGCAAUCUCGUCGGCGACUCCUCUGCCUCCACGGCCUUCGGCGCCCCGGCCGGUUACCGCAAAGCCGGCAAAGGUGAAGAGUUUCACGAGGGAGGAGAUCGACCGGUACUGGAGGAUGAGAAGGAUGGUCGAAGAGGAUCACCUCCUCUUCGCUGAGAAAGCGGCGGCUAGGAUCAGGGCCAAGGCUCUCAAGGAGGAAGACCAGAGGCGAUUCGAGGAACUGCUGAAGGAGAUGCUGGAAGAGAAGGAAGACGAGAAAGCCGAUGCCGGAGAAAACAAGGAGCUGCAGAUAGGAAUCAAGGACUGGUGGACCAAAAGUAAGUAUGCCUACCUGAACCAACCAGCGAUCAAAUCUAUGGGCAUGGGGGAGAAGAAGGCGUCCGGUCUCCACGAAGCCUGCUUCUACCUCUUUCCUCCGGUGGAACCCGCAUGUGUCACGCCCUUCGGAGUUUAUUAGGGCGGAGACAAGGGAGGAAAUGCAUGAAUAUAUAGAUAAAUAAAUAAAUAAAUAAUCACUAUGGUGAUGAAUGUGAUGUGAUGUGACGUGUGUGUUUAAAGUUAGAAUUAAAUUUGAUGGUUGCUGCUAAUUAAUGGCACGCUUGCGCGGUUGCGCAUUGAUAACUAGUAAGUUUGGAUUUUUGAAA